CUCUUUCACUUUCUCUCUCUAUCUUCCAUACACGCACAAAACACAACUGCUUUUAGAGCGAGAAAGCAAGCGAAGCGAAUCAAAGAAGCAAAGCAAAGAGGAGAGAGAGAAUCGCCGUUUUUUGUUGACGACAUCCAUGGCGGACAGGCGAGACGAACCGGCCGAUCCAUUCCUCGUGAACUACCAGCCCUCCGACUUUAAAAUCGCCUCGGAGUUCCUCUCCACAUGGCUUCCCUUCCUCUCCAGAGACCUCUGCCACAACUGCACCGACAUCCUCUCCCGCCGCAUUCGCUCCCUCGAAUCAGAAGUUGAGGGUGAUUCUGAACAGCCAAAUCCGGUUGGGGAGUCAAAUGAUUCGAUGGUGGAAAAUGUGGAAUCGCGGGACAAGAUGAAUAAUAAUCACGGUGAGAAUUAUGAUCGGCAUUCAGCAGGCAGUGAGAACGAUGAGGCAGAUACAACUUCAUUGGGUAGUUGGAAAGAUGGGGCGUGUGGGUCGCCCGAACAUGGACCGGCCGAACAUGGACCGGAUGCUUCUACAAGUGGAGUAGCAGGUGAAUCUCCAUCUGUGGAGACCCCAAGCCCUCGGAUGUCUUGGGCUGACAUGGCCCAAGAGGAUGAGCUUGAAGAGGAAGAAGAAGAGGAGGGAGAAGAAGAUCCUGAUUUGAGCAAACGGGUGGUCAAUGUAAAUGCUUCAACUGGAGAGUUGAGGAUAUCAAAGGUUGUAGAAAAACCCAAGUUGACUCGGGAACAGAGGGAGCAUAUUAGGUUCAUGAAUGUGAAGCGGAAGAAAGAUUUUAUUUGCUUGGAGAGGAUUAAGGGAAAAUUAGUUAACAUUCUAGACGGGCUUGAACACCACAUGGGUAUUUUUAGUGCUGCAGAACAGAAGAGGAUAGUGGAAUAUGUUUACAUGCUCGAGGAGAAAGGGAGAAAAGGAGAACUGAAAGAACGUACGUAUACAGCACCUCAAAAAUGGAUGAGGGGAAAGGGACGUGUUACUAUUCAAUUUGGAUGCUGUUACAAUUAUGCAACCGAUAAACAUGGUAAUCCUCCUGGCAUCCUCUACAAUGAAAUUGUGGAUCCUCUACCAGAUCUUUUCAAAGUGAUCAUUCGGAGGUUGGUGAGGUGGCAUGUAAUUCCUCCAACUUGUGUACCUGACAGUUGCAUUGUCAACAUAUAUGAAGAAGGGGACUGUAUACCUCCCCAUAUAGACAAUCAUGAUUUUGUGCGGCCCUUCUGUACUGUGUCGUUCCUUAGUGAAUGCAAUAUACUUUUUGGGUCAAACUUGAAGAUUGUUGGUCCGGGUGAGUUCGCUGGUUCGUACCCGCUGCCGUUGCCAGUGGGAUCUGUACUUGUUUUAAACGGUAAUGGGGCUGAUGCUGCUAAGCAUUGCAUUCCUGCAGUACCUACAAAGAGGAUAUCUAUCACAUUUAGAAGAAUGGACGAAUCCAAGCGACCGCAAGGUUAUGCCCCAGAACCCGAUUUGCAAGGGUUACAACCGUUGUCUUAUGAGGCAGAGAAGACUACCAAGUUAAAUAGUGAACGUCCUGUGAGGAGACAUUCAAACAGAAGAGGGGGUAACAUUGAUGCUAGGGGAUCCGCUGGGAGAAGUGAUCCCCGUUUGGAGCCCCGUUACUUAAAUCGAGGUCAAUGGGGGCCAGGGAACUGGAGAAGAUCAGGUUGAGAAUCUGUGCUGCUGAUGCUGAUAAAUAACCUCUCUGUUGUUGCAUCUGUCAUUCAAGUUCUAAAGAGCUGAAUAAACUCUUUCGUGAUUUCUUCUCAUGAGUUUGUCAUCAAAGCUUCUUCAUCGCUGUUUAUUUUAAGAAGCUAACCAAGCGUGAUUGGAAUUUCAUUUUUGUACAUCUACGAUAGGUUAUACCAUAUUUGGUUUGGUCCCUUUUUUCUUAGACAGGCAAUAAAAGCCAUUAUCUAUUCUUCGACCUUUUUUUCACUUGUAUGCAGAGUAAAAGGGUGCAUCAUUCGGAGUAUUAUCAGUUUUCUUUUUAAGCCUUAUUAUCAGUUUGUAUCACUGGUUAUGCUAUCAGAUUUGUCCUAUGAAAUUCAGAACCUUUUUUUUUUUCGGGGUGGAGGGGAGAAUUUGUUGUACUUAUGGUCUCUGGACAUGUAUUGUCCAAGACAUAGAGUUGUAAAUUGUAAUUUUUAGAUAUUUGCUUGCCUGAAUUUGGA